CAUUCUCCGCGGCCGCUGCUCACGGCUGGCGGCGACCAUCGCCGCCGAAGCUACCGGCAGGCAGCCGUAGGUCCCCGGGACAGACAGCCCCGGAGGCUGCUCCUCCCGGAUGCCAGGGCCAGGGCGCCGGGUGGCGAGCAGCAGGAGGAUGAAGAGCUCAGCGGGAGGAAGGAGAGAAAAGCUCUUGGGGAUGCCUAAAGCUGAGCCCAGCCACGAUUUCACAUGUGCACAAGAUGGGGAAAGUGAGACUGAGUUCAUACCUGAUGACUUUGAAGAAAAAUCAGAAAGAGAAAAGAAACAUACCAACUUCACUUUGUGCAACGUGUGUAACAUUCAGCUGAAUUCCGCCGCUCAAGCACAAAUCCACUACAAUGGCAAAUCACAUCAGAAGAGAUUGAAGCAACUCAGCAAUGGGAUGCUGAAAAACGACAAUGGUGGUACAUGCCAGAGUCCUGCUCUCCCAGCCCUGGUCCGUCCACCAGCCCCUCCUUUGCAACCAUCGCUGGAUAUUAAACCAUUUCUUCCCUUUCCUCUUGACACUGCGGCUGCAGUCAACCUCUUCCCCAAUUUUAAUGCAAUGGACCCGAUUCAGAAAGCUGUAAUAAAUCAUACAUUCGGGGUUCCUCUUCCUCAUCGAAGAAAGCAAAUCAUAUCAUGCAACAUUUGCCAGUUGAGAUUUAAUUCCGAUAGCCAGGCUGCGGCCCACUACAAAGGCACGAAACAUGCCAAGAAGCUCAAAGCACUGGAAGCCAUGAAAAAUAAGCAGAAAUCUGUAACUGCCAAGGACAGCGCAAAGACUACCUUCACCACCAUCACUACCAAUACCAUCAAUACCAGCUCUGACAAAACAGACAGUACUGCAGGGACACCAGCAAUAUCAACGUCGACAAGUGUGGAAAUCCGCAAAAGCAGUGUUAUGACACCUGAGAUCACCUCUAAAGUGGAGAAGAGCCCCAUGACAGCCACUGGCAACAGCUCGUGUCCUACUACGGAGACUGAGGAAGAAAAGGCAAAACGGCUUCUUUACUGUUCCCUAUGCAAGGUCGCUGUCAACUCCGCCUCACAGCUGGAGGCGCACAACAGUGGUACUAAGCACAAAACCAUGCUAGAAGCCCGAAAUGGAAGUGGGACUAUCAAAGCCUUUCCUCGGGCAGGAGUGAAAGGCAAAGGACCUGUCAAUAAGGGAAACACAGGACUCCAGAACAAAACGUUUCACUGUGAAAUCUGUGAUGUGCAUGUCAACUCAGAAACACAACUUAAACAGCACAUUAGCAGUAGAAGGCACAAAGACAGAGCUGCUGGGAAGCCCCCCAAACCGAAAUACAGUCCUUACAACAAACUACAAAAGACAGCACAUCCGCUGGGGGUGAAAUUAGUAUUUUCAAAAGAACCUUCAAAGCCAUUGGCUCCCAGAAUUCUACCCAAUCCCCUGGCAGCUGCAGCAGCUGCUGCAGCUGUGGCAGUGAAUUCUCCCUUCAGUCUCCGAACUACUCCAGCAGCCACGCUGUUUCAGACCUCUGCACUCCCUCCAGCACUCCUGCGGCCAGCGCCAGGACCCAUUCGGACCACCCACACUCCUGUGCUGUUUGCUCCCUACUGAAUUCCAAACAGGAGUCAUUGUACUGCAAUAAUUUUUCAAAAAACAAAAACAAAAAAAAAAAACAAAAAAAAGUAAAACAAAAGAGAACUAUGCAGUGUUUAUUUAUAGUUUAAAGUAUAUCUGAAGAGCCAGGACUUUUGAUAGUGAAAUGAAAAGAUUAUUAAAAAAAAAAAAAACAGGGUGGGAGGGGUUUGGGGGGAGGGAGGGUGCGGUAUCUUCUCCAAAUUAAAGCAUUCCUCUUGAACAUUGAUUGUUUUAGAAGUGAUCUCCAGCAUUGACUUGUAGUGGUAUCUAGAACUUCUGAAGCCUCUGUGACUGUGCUUUUGGGCACCCAUUUCCCCUGCAUUGUCUUCUCUGCUUUACGAAACAACUAUACAUUGUCUAAGGGCAUUAACUGGUUCCAAUGUAUAUAUAAUAAUUUACUCUGUAGAUUAAAAUAAUAUGAAAAAAAAGAAAAAAAAAACAUAAAAAACAAAAGCAACACUGUGAAUAGUAGUACCCCGUGCUGGUCCUCUUGCUAUGACAGCAGUUACUGGGUAUUUAUCCCAACAAAAGUAGAUACAGUAGAUGUCUUGUAAAACAAUAGUGCUGUGUCUCAAUCUAUGCCAUUAGGUUCUAAAGAAUCGCAAAAGGUAGAACGAACAACUAUUUCAUACCAGUAAGCAGUAAAACAAUAAACACCAGAUGGUGUCAAAGGGGCCUCUCUGGUUAGCAUUUUCCCCCACACCUCUCCAGCGUGGAGUUAGAACAGGGCUAUGCUUAGAGGUGGGAAAGGCAUUCAUAAUGAUAAAUUUUUUUACCAAACACUAAUUCCCCACCCUGAAGAGGUAUUGCUGGAAACAGGGAAGCAUGUGUAGUGAGUCUUUGUCUGAACACAGAUAAACCCAUGUAUCAUGGGUGUUUAGAAAGAAAUCAGUACAACUAUUCAGUUUCAAGGACAAGGAGCAAUCUCAACCUCAGAUAAUAAUGCUAAGUCUUUCAUGUUAGUGCAUAAUCUGAUAAAAAACAGAGAAUAUUGCAUCUCUGCAAUAUCCCCUUUAUAUCAUACCAGUAGGGUUGUCUCAAAGAUUUCUCUCUUCUUUAAGUAUUGAUGGUAGAAUUAAGCAUUAGCUAAUGUUAUGGGUUUAUUAUUGUUUUUUAGAUUUCCUACUGAGAUGAUAUAAACUAUUAAUAUAUAUUUAAAUGUUAGUAACAACAAUAAAAAUGAGUCUGACUUAAUUGCACAAUGAUGACGUGAUGUUAAAAAAUACUGGUAAGUUCCACUAGACCAUCAUUUCUCCAGUGGAGUUGUGAAAUUCUGAUAGCCUUUGAGAUUCACCAUAAAGCUGAAAGAAGUUGAUGUUUUACCUUUAAAACAAGAUUUAUCAGGGGUAUAUAUAAAUAUAUGUAUAUUGUAUAUAUGUUAGAAAGAUUAAGAGAAUAACUUAUAAAAAGAAAAUCUAUAUAAAAUAAUUCUAUAACCAUUCAGUGUUACAUGUUAUCAUUAAAUUGGUAACAAAUGGCAUAAAAUAGCUGUGCCUUUAAUUUGUGAUAAAGGCUAUUUGCUUUUUCCCAUAGAAAGCUGACAUAUACCUAUCAAUAUGGUGGGAUUUGAUGCAGCCAGUCUGUUGCAUUGAGAAGAACAAUGGCACUCAAUCUUAGAGCAAGGACAAAACAUGUACAAAUCAAUCCUAUGUGAUUUAGAGAAAAAAAAAUUAUUUUUGGAAAGGUUUUGUAAAGACUAUUUAAAAAUAUAGGGAAGGGCUGGGUGUGGCCUUCUUAAAACUGCUCUUAUCUAAACUAGUAACCUUUAGAGAGAGGUAUAAAGAAUCAACAUGAAACCAUUGGAAAGAUAGGUAUUUAUCAUUUGUCAUUUUAUAUUUAAAAACAUCCAUUAGUGUUCUUGGUGCUCAACAUUAAACAUGGUCUUUGGAGUACAUCUCCAUUAUCUAGCUAUAGAAAUUUGUCAUCUAAGUGUGUCUUUAAAGCUGUUGUUAUAUAUUAUUUUGUUAAACAACCAAAUGAAACAAAAAAAAAGAAGGAAGGACAGGGAAUAAGAAAAUGUACUCCAUCAGUCUUCUGGUAAAGAGAAUUUCAAGCCAUGCCUCUCUGAUUAAACAUAUUGGAUAGCGUUAAAUUUGUUUUUGCAAGUAUCUGGUGAUUUUGCAUUUACCACUAUCUCUACUGUAGUUUUAUAGCAAGUGUUUUUUUUUUUGUUUUGUUUUGUUUUUUGCCUAGAGACUCUGCUAAUUCAGCCAGGUGAACAGUUAGUUACUCACGAGUUUUGUUAAUUUGGGCUCUGUGUCUCCCCUAUGUGACCUGCUUCUAACCGUCCUGGACUUUGGUCUCCUUUCUCUGCUCUGUCAAAUAUUUUGAUCUUUCCUAACAUGAUGCUGAAUCUCGAUACAACUAUCUUUAUAUCUGAUAAGGCCUCUCUUUCUGUUGGAGAAUUUGAUGUUAAUCAAAGCCGUCUUACUAUAUAAUGUGCUUUUGCUGUUCUUCCCCAUUUUCACCAAAGUGAAUAAGCCAGUCCACUAGAAGUCAGGGCCUGUGGGAUACACAGAGUCCUGGGUUAUCGAGUGUCACUAACUUCAAUGAUUUGCUGGGAACAAACAAAUCAGCCAUAUUUUUCUCCAUCAGCCAUAUGAGAAAACUCAGAAAUACCUGGAUCCCUUCUGCCUCUCUUCGCCAUGGAACCAUUUUUGUUUAAAUGGUCUCUUAAAUUGGAGUUGUAACCAUCAGUUGUCUUUUAUUCACUACCUAAUAAAGGAUGAAGCCUAAACAUAGAA